AUGUGCAAAUCGUCGUCGUCUUCUUCGUCUUCCUCUGCUUUGAGUGAAAGCAAUGAGGACCAUAUGUUGGCGCUUUUGAUCCCAAAACUUCCAACAAUGGAACAUGAAAUCGAAAAGCCCCACAAAACCCAUUUGCGUGUGGCCCUCGACGAAGCAAAAUGCAUCUCGAAAAUAGCCUUACCUAUGGUGUUAACUGGUCUUUUGCUUUAUUCACGUUCCAUCAUUUCCAUGCUCUUCCUUGGCCACCUCGGCGACCUCGCUCUCGCCGGCGGUUCGCUCGCCGUAGGCUUUGCCAACAUCACCGGUUACUCUGUUCUCUCUGGUCUCGCCAUGGGAAUGGAACCCAUUUGUGGUCAGGCCUUUGGAGCCAAAAGAUUCAAGCUUUUAGGACUCGCCAUGCAGAGGACAGUGAUUCUUCUUCUGCUAACUUCACUGUUCAUAUCAGUCCUAUGGCUCAACAUGAAGAAGAUACUAAUCUUUUGUGGUCAAGAAGAAGAUAUCGCCAACGAGGCUCAUAUUUAUAUACUUUAUUCUCUUCCUGAUCUUUUGGCACAAUCCUUUCUUCACCCUCUUCGAAUCUAUCUACGAAGCCAAUCAAUAACACUUCCUUUAACUUACUGUGCUUCGUUAUCGAUUCUUCUUCAUAUGCCCAUUAAUUACCUUCUGGUCUCUGUUCUUAAGCUUGGAAUAAAAGGCAUUGCGUUAAGCUCUGUUUGGACCAACUUCAAUCUUGUGGGGUCACUCGUCUUCUACAUCGUGAUUUCUGGCAUAGACAAGAAAACCCGGAAUGGGUUAUCUUGGAAUUGUUUAAGAGGUUUGAAACCACUAAUGAAUCUGGCGAUUCCAAGCUGCAUUUCAAUGUGUCUCGAAUGGUGGUGGUACGAAAUCAUGAUAUUACUCUGUGGAUUGCUUCUGAAUCCUCAAGCAACCGUUGCUUCCAUGGGAGUUCUGAUUCAAACCACGGCUUUCAUCUACACGUUUCCUUCUUCAUUAAGCUUUGGUGUAUCCACACGGGUUGGAAACGAACUCGGUGCAGAAAAUCCUCAGAAUGCGAAGCUGGCCGCCAUUGUUGGGCUCUGUAUCAGUUUCUUUCUAGGAUUCUCAGCAUUGGCGUUUGCGAUAUCAGUGAGGAAGGUGUGGGCUUCGAUGUUCACGGAGGACCCAGAGAUCAUAGCUCUGACAUCGACGGUGUUGCCGAUUAUCGGACUCUGCGAACUGGGGAACUGUCCACAGACGACGGUGUGUGGUGUUUUGAGGGGCACGGCGAGGCCGAAGCUCGGAGCGAACAUAAACUUAGGAUGUUUCUAUCUUGUCGGAAUGCCUGUAGCGGUGUGGUUAGGAUUCUUCGCAGGUUUUGAUUUUAAAGGCUUAUGGUUGGGUUUGUUGGCGGCUCAGGGAUCUUGUAUGGUGACGAUGCUGUUUGUGUUGGGUCGAACAAAUUGGGAAGGUCAAGCACGGAGAGCGAAGGAGCUGACAUCAUCGGAUUCCAGCACAGAAGAAGAGGAAGAAGGAGGAGAUGAUGAUGGAGUGAAGGAUAACGACGACUUGGGUAUAUUAGUUUGA